CUGAAAAGCUAAAUGACAUCAAAAAAUAUGUUGUUCUCAUGUUGGACGAAGUUUCAAUAAAAGAUGACCUUGUAUAUGACCAAGUAACUGGAGAGUUAGUUGGUUUUGUCAACCUUGGCAAAGAUGUGGAUGACUGCCAUGUAAUUCGAAACAAAGAGAAGAGGAUCAAGACAGCAAAUGUUGCUACCCAUGCUCUUGUUUUCAUGGUAACAAGUAUUGCAGCUCGGUUAAAGUUUAGUUUAGGUUACUUUGCAACAACUACAGCUACGGCAGAUCAGCUGUUCUUACUGAUGUGGAAAGCUGUUGGCCUAGUUGAAACCUAUGCUGGCCUGAGAGUUAUCAUAGUUGUAUCAGACAAAGCUGGCCCAAAUCAGCGGCUGUACAGUCUCCAUGAUUCUGGGGACCAAGUUACUUAUCGAACAGUUAAUGUAUUUGCAAGAGAUGAACAAAGGUAUAUCUACUUUUUCUCAGAUCCCCCUCACCUUGUUUAACUGCUAGGAACAACUUAGCUAAUUCUGGCUCAGGAUCUAACACAAGAAGAUUGUGGAACAAUGGAAAAUGUCUACUUUGGAAACACAUCGUGGAUCUUUAUGAGGCUGACCGAGUAAACGUGGUGCGAACAAUGCCUAAACUAACAAACGAACAUGUCUACCUCACAAGUUACUCAAAAAUGCGAGUUAAUCUUGCCACUCAAGUUCUAAGCGAGACUGUCUCAAAGGUAAUGAUGGCUUAUUCCACUCCCGAAACCCAUGAAACCGCAAAUUUCUUGUCUAUGAUGGACAAGUUCUUUGACUGCUGUAAUUCAAGGCCGGAUGCAUCAGUGCAUAAACGCAAGCCUUUCCUUGCUCCGUACACUUCAGUAGAUGAUUCUCGCUUUGAUUUCUUGAAGAAUACUUUCUUGAAGUAUUUCGCUGACUGGAAAUGUUCAAUUGAUGAGAGGGAAGGAAAGUUCACAAAUGAUGAAAAAUCAAAAAUGUUUAUUAGUUCUCAGACCUAUCAAGGACUGCAAAUUACUGUUUACUCAAUGGAAGAAGUGGUAAAGUUCUUGUUAAAUCAUGGCUUUGAAUAUGUUUUGACUAGUAAGUUUAAUCAAGAUCCCCUUGAGGAGCAUUUUGGGCGGCACCGACAACUUGCUAGAAGAUCUACAAAUCCCACACUUCAAACCCUUGGUGUUCAAGAGAAUAAGUUUAGAAUUCAACGGAGCAUCGCUAUGAAUAUAACACCCAAAGGGAAUACAAAAGGAUCUAAGAGACCCAAAGAAGGAAUUACUAUAACAACAAGUCCAUUGAAAAAGCGAAAGAAAAAGUAGUUGCAGUACCUGACAGAAAACUCAGUAUAGUGCUCAGUAUUUGUUUUCUAUGUAUUUACAUUAUGGAACUGGCAUGUACAGUAGAGACCUACUGAUCUUGUUCUUGUUCAGAAAGUUUAAGCUUUUUCCUCAAUGAUUUUUUCUUGCGUUCUGUUUUUGUAUCAACCCGAUAAUUUUCAAUAACAUGCUUUGCAUGGGCAUAACAUCUAACUUUGAUGUAAAAAUGAACACAUUUUUUA